AUGUCAGACGCGACGACGGCACCUACUACUUCUAUGAGCAGCGUAGAGUCGUUUUGGACACGCACUCGAAAAUCGCCCAUCAGUGCCGCUUGUGUGGUUGCUUAUACGUUAUUCACAGAUAUGCUCACGUAUGGUGCCGUCUUGCCUGUUCUUCCAACCCUUGUUCUCCAACGCCUCCAUGGAAACUCGUCGAUGGUGGGCAUUCUCUUUGGCGUAUACGCUUUCGGUCUUUUGCUAGCAACUCCUGUGUUUGCGAUCUUGUCAGACAAAUAUCAGAAUCGCCGGUACCCUAUGAUGACAGGUUGUAUUGGCUUGGUGGCAUCCACAUUGGCGUUUGCAGCUGCGGACAGCUAUUUUCUUUUGAUCUUGGCACGUAUUGCGCAAGGAGUUGCUGGUGGAGCCUCCUGGACGAUUGGUCUCGGGAUGGUGGCCGACGUUUUUCCAACAAAUCGUCUCGGCGUUGUUAUGGGAACGGUAUUGACGGCACAUACAGUAGGAUUUGCGAUUGGUCCAGCUAUGGGAGGUUUCCUCUUUGAGUAUGCAGGUUUCUCUGCUCCUUUCUUAUGCUGUGCCAUCUUUGCUGCCAUUAAUUUCCUUGCAGUCGCUUGGGUGGCAGAACCCAAUCAUGACAAACACAUCAACAAAAAGGACACUGACAAAUACACACAACCAACAGCUGACAACACAAGCGAGACAUCCACUGCAGCUUCCACUUCAAGCCAUGUCACAGAUGACGAGGCGUUAGCUGCUGUCACACCAACAGAGGAAACACCAUUGAUCAAAUCAACGUCAAGACCCCUGGGAGAUCAAACGCAAGAAAUUACCAUGUGGGGAUUGUGUAAGAAUUGGAAGAUCAUGUGCUGUGUAUUAUGCACUACAAUCAGUGCUUCUGUUUUCUCGGGUAUUGAACCCGCGUUGCCCAUUCACCUUGAAAAGGCAUAUGACUCGUCAGCUUCCACCGUGGGAGUCAUCUUCGUAGCUAUGGUGGUUCCAGCUUUCCUUGCUCCCGCCAUUGGAUUCAUGUCCGAUAGAAUCGGUCGUGAUGUGAUCAGCGCAUCAGGAAUGCUACUUAUGGCAGUGGCUGCUCCUCUCGUAUCCAUCGAUUACCCUAUUGUAUAUAUGAUUGUGCCAUCUCUUAUGGUCUUUGGUUUCUCAAGUCCUUUAACAUUGACUCCCAUUUUGCCAGAAAUGGGUGAGAUUGUUGAUAGUCUGGGUGGCGCUGCAUAUGCACAAGUAUAUGCUUUAUACAACAUGGCCUACUCGAUGGGAAUGUUUUUGGGUCCCGUAUACGCUGGAGCUGUCAUGGCAGUAGCUGGAUUCAAAACGCUCAUGUUUACCUUUGCCAUUGCAUUGGUUAUCUGUAGCCCCGUGAUGAUGGAUUGGAAGGCAGUGUGGCGCAGAGUAACAGCUUGUGUACGUAGCCACUGA